GUAAAACUAUAAUUACGUAACAUAUUAUUAUGGAUAAUUACACUGUUAAAUUAGCCAUUAUUUUGAUAAAGAAAACAAAACAAUCGACUUACAUAAUGUAAAUUUUGUUUAGUUAUACGAAGAAAUAAUUUAAGCUUGUAAAAGUAUUCUUCGUCAAUUAGUUAGUUAGUCAAUCAAUCAAUCAAUCAAACCUAUCUCGGUAGAACGAUGUUUGUAAUGAUAAACAUUCCAAUCAUGGCUAUUAACAGAGUCUGGAAAUUCUUAUUAUUUAAUGACUGUCAUUCAAAUAAUAAUAAUAAUAAUAACUGAUUAAUUCAAUGCUUUUGUUUUCACAAAAGAUUCGAAUGAUGUAUAGUAAUUAGUGUUCGAACUCAGUUUACAUUUUGAAAAUAAUAUUAUUCCUGGAACUUCAUUCAAUUUGACAUUGAUACUUUUAAAUAACAAUUGAAGAUCUUACCAUUUACUACGUUUACACUUCUGCAAUUCAUGAAGUCAUUACCUGGUCUGAUAUUAAUAUUGGCAUUAGUAACUGUGCUAGGUGCAUUGUUAUUUCAAAAAAUUGAAGGUCCAUAUGAAGAGCGAUCCAGGACACACGUAUCUAAGACAAGGCAAAAAAUUUUUGUCCUAGCUCAACAGUUAGCUAAAAAAGGUAGUAAUGCUGAUUGGUCAAAAUUAGUUGCUCAAGUGGAUAGAUAUCGUGAGAAAUUAUAUGAAGCAUGGUUAUGUGGUACAGAUGAAUUAACUAUAGAUAUACCGACAAAAUGGAAUCUUUGGGGUAGUAUCUAUUAUUGUUUCACAUUAUUUACAACUAUUGGUUAUGGUAAUGUGUUUCCAUCCACUGCUGUUGGUAAACUACUAACUAUUCUUUAUGGUAUGAUUGCCAUACCAUUGUGCAGUUUGCUAAUAAGUCGAAUAUCAGAUGUCAUUAUCAGACUGACUAAAGCAAUUUAUUAUAUGACACUUGAUCCUUCUGGAGUUCCAGUUGGAUUAAGAGAAGCUUAUCAUAGAAUUGAUGCAACUUUCGACUUUCGAGUACUUCCUUGCAUAUUAACAUUCGUAAUCUAUCUAGCAUUUGGAGCUGGGAUAUAUUCCUAUAUAGCUGGACAAAAGGAAUUAGAGUGGAGUAUUUUGGAUUUAAUUUAUUUCGCAUUUAUUUCAUUAUCAACUGUUGGAUUUGGAGAUUUAGUACCAGAAACUGAUGUAUUUUUAGCAGUUUUAUCAAUUAUUUACAUAAUUAUUGGUUUAGCAAUUACUGGUAUUGUAUUUGGACGUUUAACUGAAGCAUUUGAACAUGUUUUAUGCGGUCAUACUAUCGAGUCAAUUGAAGAAAAUCUCAUAAAUUCUGAACAAAGUUCUAUUCAAGCAACAAAACUUAUGAAAAAUAGAACAAAUGUAACACAUUUAAAACAAAAUUAACUCAUUGAACAUUGAUUACAAAGUAAUAAUAAAAAGAAAUAACUAAACUGUUAUUUCAUCAACAGAGGGAUGAAAUCUGGGGAUAAACUGAAUUAUAAAACCAUUAUCGAUUAAAAAUAUUUUCUUUGAUUCCUAUUUGUUGUUUGUAAAUGAGAACAAAAUCAUGUUGCUUACCUUUAGUAUGUUGUUAUAUCUGCUUAAUCUCCUUCCUUUAACAUUUGAAGGUAGAGAAUUAAUAAAUUUUUUGUAAACUACACAACUUACAGUCUGUUCAGAUAACAGACAAUGACAACACUCUACUAGUUAUCCGAAGCUUACUUAAAAGUGACAUAUCAAUAAAAAUACUACUGAAGGAAGAAACUAACAAAGAUGUGAGAUUUCAAUUUAUAUUCUGUCAGAUGUUUUUUUGGAUCAAAUAUUGGACUUUGAUGUCGAUGAAAUGAAAUAUUGGUCAGCAACGUGAAGUAACUCAGAUUUGAACCA